CUAUACCCAGGCUGGCCCCCAUCCCUACGCAUGCGUACUGGAUGGCCCAAAUAUCCAGGGUCUUCUUUCUCUCUUCAUGUUUCCUAUUUGCACAAUGGGGCCAUCAUUCCCCCAGUGCCUGACCACGGGCACAAGCUCUACGGACAUGUACUCUGUACAAGGUGCACUAGCCGUGAGCCAAAUCCCAAUGGCCAAGGUGCUGUCUCGCCCUCCACAACAAUGUUUUUAAACUUGCUUUGCACUUUCAUCAUGUGCUAAUCGAACUGGCGUGGUGGUCUUUUUGUGACCGCCUACGCCCGUGACCGGGCCACGCCGCCAGCGCACACGGCGCACGCAUCUACAACAAGCACAGUCGCAGUUUCAGCCACCUCAAUGCCAUUUCAAAAGUCCAUGCAUCGCGUUCGGCGGGUUCUUUGUCCCGCUGACGCCCAGCGUGCUCCUCGGUCAGCCUGCAGCGCCCUCCGAGUCGACGCCAGCAUCCACGACUCGCAGUGCGCGCGCCUCCCUCACAUUGGCUGCGCCUCACCCUCCGUAUUCCGCUGGUUUGGGCUCGGAUGACACGACACCGCGGCGCCGGCGCGCGUGGGCUCUCGUUCGGCACUUUCCCGACGGCGGCCAUACGACGCGUGCUCGCGGCCUUCUGCGUCUCGGUUGUGCGCCUCGGUCGUGCGCCUCCGCGCAUGGUGUCUCGUUAGGCGGGUUCCCAACGACAUCGCGGCGCCGGCGCGCGUGGUCUCCUGUUCGGCGUUUUCCCGACGGCGGCCAUACGACGCGUGCCAGUGUGGGCGACACGCUCGCGUCCGAACUCGGCAUCCUCUCCCUCCCCCUGAUCCUUAUCAUGACCCUCAAGCCCUGCGACGCCCAGAAUUCCAGUCCCUCGCCGUCAAGUCCAACUGCAGGCGGCCUCGCCCCUGUCGGCGAGAACGGAAUCAUUAGCAGGGCGGACCUCGUCGUCGCGCUUCUUCCCUGGCGGGUGGUUCUCGGAGGGCCACGCGUCGCUCGACAUCGCUAGUGAUGAGUUCACCAAGAUCGCGCCCGCAACGGCGCUACCGACCGCGGUGGAGCAGGGCGAGGAGAAGAAGUCGCGGUUCUGCACGAUCAUGUAAAGGCAGAACGCACGUCCCAACUUCAAGACCGACGAGCUCGGUUUUUUUUUUCGGCCUCCCUACCCGUGGCUGUGCGUCGAUGACGCUGCGCGUUCCCGGGAUGCCAUAUCAGCAUCGUCGCGUGGCGUCCGCGUCAAGCCCGCAGACGCAGACGCAGAGCUGAAACAGUCGCCGUUGUUGUGCCCCGACGCGCGCGGGCGCCUGCCGUGCGCAGCACGAGAGUGUGCCUGCGACGCUCGUGGUGCAGGGCGUGCUCGGCGAGUUUGUCAAGGACGCGCAGACAAACAAAGCUCCUAUGCUUGCCGCCCUGGAUUGCCCUCGGCUGGUGCGUGCGCUCCGGCCCCAAUCAGCCGCUAAAUCCCUCGGGCGAGCGGUGCUCGAGCAGCGCACGACACGACGGAGCUCGCUGCCUUCGCGCACGGCGCGACCGAGCAUUGCGAUGCCGCGCGAGGCGUGGUGUCCGCUCUCCCCGAGCAUCUCAGACGGGCUGAGCUGCACAGUCUUCUUCGCCACUCUCGGCCAACUCGCCUGCUCGCUGGGCGGCAUGCUCGCGUCCGAACUCGGCAUCCUCUCCUCCCUCCCUCUGGCCCCUAUCACAAACCUCAAGCCUGUGCCCUGGGGGACACGACGUCGCCACACCGGCGCGCGUCGCCUCUUGUUCGGCGCGUUCCCGACAAUGGCGAUACGACAAGCGCUUGUGGCGGUUCGCGUCUCGCUGGUGCAUGCCGUGUCGCACGCCGUCAACUCGAACAACCAGGGGUUUUAUAACCUUACCACAAUGCUUCUCAACCGUCGUCAUGGUCGCUGCCUCGUCUUCGCAGGUCCAGGGCGGUGUGCAAGUUGCUGCGCAGUAAUUGUGGUGUGGGGAGUGCUCUAGCUUAUUAUUCAUUUAUGCUGCGGAGGCGUGUAUGAUUUGCUGUAAUCUACGAGAAUAGAAUAUCUUGUCAUAAC